AUGGCAGAGAUAAGUCUGUACCCUGGUUCGCCAGUAGAAGUGGAUCCAGAAGUACUGCGGGCUAGGCGGCAAGCGUAUCAAGUGUAUCAAGGAGGUGAUACCUCGGUUACAGUUGAUAAAUCGGGACAUGCCGAAACUGGUGCUUGGGGGCUAUGGACUUACGAACAGCAGUGCUCGAGGACCUGUGGUGGUGGUGUGCAAAUUGAGAGGAGAAUUUGCCAUGGUGAAUGCACCGGCCCAUCGACACGCUACGUGUCUUGCAACACUGAAGACUGUGCUGCUGGUGCAAAGGAUUUUCGUGCCGUACAGUGCUCGGAACAUGAUGAUACGCCACUGGACGGCAACUACUACAUGUGGUUGCCGUAUCCAGGAAAGAACAAAUGCGAGUUAACG